CGGCCCUAGCAGAGAUGAUACAAUAUAAAUUAUACUCCUGCUGUUUUGGAAUCAUAAAGAUUCUGACAGCAUCUGUGCUAUACAGCACCUGUGCAUUAUACCAUAGCACUGAGCUCAUGUGCCUCAUUCACAUUGGGCUUCAGACUAUCUGAAAGACAUGGAGUGCUAAAUGCCAAUAACCAGGCCCUAUAGCUCCCCCUUCAUACUGUAAACAAGCAAUGCCUCCUUUUUAAAAUGUAUGUCGAUGAAAUACCCACAACUUCCUCAAAAGGGUGUAAAGUAGCUGUCAGACUGGAGCGUCAGGUUUCUGCUUGCCUGCUCACAGCACAGCCUGAAGAGGAUCAAACUGAACACUGCCGGGAGUCUGGCUCCAUAUCCACACUGGCCUAAAAAUCUGGAGAGGCACGUGCCGAAACACCUGGCAGAGCUGCACAGAGCAGGCCACUUCUGUUGAGUUUUAACCUACGGGAAUUAAAAUCAGAAAGAGGAAACAUGGGGGUUUGGUAGUUCAACAUGCUGAAUGGAAGGAGGAUCUGAGUGACAAGACCAGUAGAAUCAGCCUUCAACAUUUGUGGCCUGGUCUUCCUCCUCACCAAAUAUGUCACUGAAAUUACCCCGAACAUGGGACUUCAACAUGAAACCUGAUUUGGGCAAAAUAGUCCGAUCGGUCAGCGUGAUGUCCAGUGAGCAUUCGGCAUCGUCCGGUCGCCCUCAUCACCAGAAUUCCUUGGAAAAGCCGGUCAAGUGCGGAUGGUUGAAAAAACAGCAAAAGUCCUUCGUCAAAAACUGGCAACAGAAAUACUUUGUACUGAGAGGGCAGCAGCUGUGCUUCUAUAAGGACUUGGAUGAUGGAAAGGCACAGGGCUGUCUAUUCCUUCCCCGGAGCAAGGUCAGUGAGGUUUCCUAUAGUCCAGAGGAUACCAGCAAGUUUAUAUUUCAGGUUAUUCCAGCAACCUCCGUGGAGCAGAACAAACCCGUCCCAGAUCCUUACGUCCUGAUGGCAAACUCGCAGGCUGAGAUGGAAGAGUGGGUGAAGGCCAUUAAAAGAGCAGCAGGGUUACCAUCUGGAGCUGUGUUUGGCCAAUGCCUUGGGCACACUAUAGCCUAUGAAAAGAAAUAUGGAAGGCAUACAGUUCCUAUUUUAAUAGAGAAAUGUGCAGACUUUAUCAGAGAAAAAGGAUUGAAUGAAGAAGGAAUAUUCCGGCUCCCUGGUCAAGACAAUCUGGUGAAACAACUGAAGGAAGCUUUUGAUGCAGGGGAGAGGCCUUCAUUUAGCAGUGAUACAGACGUACACACAGUGGCAUCCUUAUUUAAACUAUACUUGCGGGAACUGCCUGAGCCAGUAAUACCUUGGCAACAGUAUGAGGAUUUUCUCUCCUGUGAGAAAACGAUAACCGUUGAUGAAGAAAAGGGGCAUGGAGAACUGAUGGACCAAAUUUCUAUCCUUCCAAAGGAGAACUGCAACCUGCUCUGUUUCAUUUGCAGGUUUCUUUUUGAGGUGCAGCAGCAUUCUAGUGUAAACAAGAUGAGCGUGGAUAAUUUGUCCAUGGUAAUCGGAGUGAACCUUCUUAAACCACAAACAGAGGAUCCGGAGGCCCUCAUGAGAGGUGCUCCUCAGAUCCAGAAGUUAAUGACAGUGAUGAUAAGCCACCAUGAGAAGUUUUUUCCUAAAACUAAUGACCUGCCUGAGGAACCAGCAACCCAGAAGAGUGACCCCAGGAAGGUGCAACUCCCACGCAGUUCGGUUGGAUGGGAUGCAGCUGAAGAAAUUGUGUCUCCCGGAGCAGAGCAGGCCAAAGUAAGACUGAAAGACACAUUUGGUUCCCGUGGCUCCUCCACAUCAGAAGAUGGAUUGGUAUCCUUAGAAGAUGAUGUCUCUUUGUUAAGUGACACAUCAGGGUCCUGGAAAGCGAUUCCAAGGAAAAGAACACAGACUCUGCCCAUAACAAACCUGCCGUCGAUGAGUAAACAUAUGGAUAGUAAUAUUAGUCCCAAAGGGGCACUGUUUGGUGGUGACUUUUGGUCUUCACCGUCCAAGACUUCAAUAAUGUCUUCUUCUCCCGGACACAAGAGGACCCUGUCAGAAGAGUUAGAACUUCACCGUAGAUCAACUUAUGAUAAUGCUUCAUUUUUACAAGGUGGAAGCGAUUGUUGCUCACUGCCUAGUAUAUCUUCCAUGAGCAGCAUGAACUCAGGAGAUCAUAAGGUUGCCCAAAAAAUGCAGAGUUUGAAAAAUGGUAUCAAUAGCCCUGGGGCUGAUGGUAAACAGGACAAUAGCCAGGAAAUGUCCCUCAAACUAAUGGAGCUGCAAAUGGAAAGGGAAAAAGAAAGGAAAGAGCUAGAAGAAAGGAUUCACAGCCUUGAGAAAGAAAACUAUGAAACGUGGAAAAAGGUGGUACAGUUACAUGAAGAUUUGGAGAAAGAAAAGAACAAGCAGAAGGCUCUGGAAAUUACUCUACAGAAUGUUGAGCGAUCUCGAGAUGAUGCAGAGAAGAGAAAUAAAAUCCUGGAACAGGAAAUCCAAGGUUUUGUGAGAGCCAUGGCCUUGUCAAGCACCAAGCCAGAAUAAACAUGCCAUAUCUGUCUUGUCUAUGCACAUAAACAGUUAGAAAAAUGGAUUAUAAUGGGGAAUUCCUAAGAGACUUCCUGCCCAUCAAGUUUUAAAGUUAAAGUUUUCCUACCAGUGGGCAGAACUAAAACUGGUCAAGCAGGUCAGUUUUUUGGGUCCUAGUAAAAUACAGUACAGGAUAGCCCUAAAUGAGUCAACAUUAUACUCCACCAUUAAGUGCACACUGUGCUUUUUUAUUUUUUGUGUCACUGGGGGAGAAACUCUUUCAUAAAGACGACACCCUCAGGCAAGAACAUACAUUCUGGAUUGCAGGAAUCGGUGUCUUUCUAAAUGGCAAAAGCACAAGGUGUUACACACAGAGGAAUAUUACACCAAUGUUCAUUAUUUCAGACUGUAGCCCUAUGAGUGUCUUUGCUUCAGAUAUCCUUUCAUUCUGUAUAUUCAUGGUCCAGUUCUGAAGACUUGCUACUCUGAUGUUUUACAAGACUGUAUUCUAAACACAUAAUCACAUAGUACUACAGCUAAGGAGGAACCUCAUAGGAUUUUUGCUUGGAUGAACUUUUAUAAGAACAAAUGGAAAAUAUGUAUUUGAUGACGGCCUUGUUACAGGCACAAAUAAUUGCACUUGAUACAAGGCCUGACUGCUUGACUCCUACAUGUGAAGAAUUACAUUUCUUAUUUGAGGUGUAUGUUCAUGGAUGUUCAUGGAUCAUAGUGUUCCCAGGCUUCAGAAUAUGUUAUCACUAUAGAAUAAUGCUUUAUUAUUAUAAUACCAUGGUAAAAGGCUUUUCUGGCUCCACCUCUUGCACACGGACUCGGGAACCAAUAUAUAUAGAAAGGGCCUAGCCUGGAACAUGUAGUGUUCUUCAUUUUCCCAAAUAAAUUAUUGCUAUUAUUUGCA